UCGAAUGUCAUUCGCUAACCGGGGUGAAAUGUCAAACCUCAAAUAAAACUAGAUUUUGAUUGUACUGAAAAUAAAAUCGUGAGCUUGUGAACGUUCCAAUUUGGCCAUAAAGGUGGUUAACUGUAACGUCGUGUAAUUCGGUAAACCAAAGGUUUUCACUGAACGGCCUGAAAGUUUGGCAUUGAAUGCGACAACAGUACUUAUCACUAUGAAUAAUUCAUCCGGAUGGAAUGAAAAACGUAAGCAAAAAACGCUUACUUUAGCCGAGAAGGCAAGAAUUAUAGAAGAGUACGAAAGCGGUGGAGGUACGCAUGAGUUUCUUGGAAUAAAAUAUGGUGUUGGGUCAUCCUCUGUGACUCGAUUCAUUCAGCGUAAAAACGACAUACGAGCUAAACUUAAACAAUUCAGAGAGAAUGGAUUAAGCAGCCGAAGGACGAUGAAAGAGCAAAGUUUUCCUUUCGUGGAGGAGUCCUUAUAUGUAUGGAUGCUUCAACAGCAAGAAGCCAACAACAUUGUCCUCUCCGAAGUAUUACGGACCAAGGCAGAGUUGUUAUUCCAUGAGAUUCAGAAGUGUGGUCAUUAUGUGAAUCAACGAUUUAAAUUUUCGGAUGGCUGGAUGCGCAGAUUUAAACAGCGGUUUGGGUUGCAAGCUUCCGCUGACAUGCAAGCUUACCACAAUUUCAGAGAUAUUUUGGCGUCGAAGAUCGCUGAAAUGGAGUUGCUGAAAUCUCAGGUGUACACUGCUCAUGAAUCGUCAAUUUUCAUCAGAUUAUUAGCCUCAGGAAGUCGGCCACUCUCCAAUGAAAACAAUGUUUGUGAUCAUGGCCUGAACAAGAUGCGCUACACAUUCAUGCCAUGCAGUAACGCUGAUGGAACUAACAAACUUCAAUUGAUGUUUAUCGGGACCGAGGCCAACCCACGUUCGUUCCCAGCCAAAGAGAUGCUCCCAGUUUCAUAUUACCACUCAGAGAAAGCUUGGAUGACAAGAAAUUUGUUUCGGGAGUGGUUUUACAAUGAGUUUGUUCCGGCAGUAAGGAAGUUUUCCAGUGAGUGUUUCUUGGACCCAAAAGCGCUACUAGUACUGAGGAAUUGUACCGCUCAUUAUACAGGAAAAGACGAUUUGGUUUCGGAUGAUGGAUUAAUCAAGGUGAUUUAUCUUCCGCCGAAUGUCACCACAAUGUGUCAACCAAUGGACCAGGGAGUAAUCAACGCUGUCAAAGCACGGUAUAAGCGAAAACUUAUGCUUUACUUAUUGUUGGAAAAUGAGGAACUUAAAUUUGAGGACCGACUCAAGAAGAUAUCGCUACUGCAGAGCAUUGACUGGUUGUCCUCAGCGUGGAUUGAGAUCACACCGAGCACGAUUGAGAACUCCUGGGGGUGUCUCAUAGACCAGUUUCCGAUAUGUGAAACAGAAUCUGAUGAUCCUACUGAGCCUGAUUUGAAAGCUCUGGUCGCAGCCGUGGAUUCUCUAGCGGGAACCUCUACGACCAAUGAAGAGAUAGAGCUGUGGAUGAGCGAUCAGGUGUACGAUGUCGACAACAAUCCUGCAUGGCUUACAAGUGCGGCGUUCACGGAUCAAGAUAUUGUUGCUUCAAUAUUACGUGAAAAUAUUGCUCCUAUCAAAAAUUCAUUGGCAGACGAAUCAACCGAAACGGUUUUCGAACCACUGUUUGUGAGCGUUGAAGAGCUACCAGAAGAGCAAAGAGACCUGCCAGAAGAGACAAGAGACCUGUCAGAAGAGCCAAGAGGUAAUCCAGAAGUGCCAAGAGAUCCUGCUGAAGAGCCAAGAGACAUGUCAGAAGAUCCAACGUUUUGUGAUGCAAUCAAGUCUCUAGAUUGCUUAUUGCGAUACGUGAGGGAUGAUGCUGCAGAAGUAAUUUCUUUGAAAUUUCCAUAUUAUCUCAAAUAUCCUUCUUUUAUUUUAUGUUUGAGUGAAACUUCUCCACCGUGAAGAAUAAAAUCUAAUGACUACACCACACGACCUGCACGCAACACUAUGAAAUAAGCAGUAAUGACUACCGAGUUCAAACUUUUCAUCUGAACCUGCCGUCAUUCAAACACUUUUCUGCAUCUUUAAGUGCGACAUGGCAAACGCAGUCAGCUAUGUAUGAAGCGAUCACUACUACUAAUGAGUUGUCUUACGCGAAAAUGAUAUUUGAGGUUCAAAGUUUUCCACUGAACGAAGGCGAUGGAAACGAUAGAAAACACACACAUCAAUGUUG